CAUAAUGUCUGACCCAAACACACUGGAAAAUCCAAAUCCUCUUGUUCAGUCAGUACCCAACCCAAACACUCUGAUCUCUAAAGCUAGAAUUCAGCAAGAACUUGAUGAAGAUGUUGAUGAUGAAUUUGAUGCUCUUGAAGUUUUUGAAUUAAUAAGGCAUAUUAAUGAUCCGGAGCAUCCUCUUACAUUGGAGCAACUUAAUGUAGUAUCACACAAGCUUAUUGAAGUAGACCUUUUAAACUCUACUAUUACUGUUUUGUAUACCCCAACUAUCCCUCAUUGCAGUCAAGCUAUUCUAAUCGGCUUAAUGUUGAGAGUCAAGCUGUAUAGAUCCCUCCCUGAACGCUUCAAGGUUGAUAUAAUGAUCGAACCUGGCAAACACGCAUCAGAGCAUGCGAUUAACAAGCAACUUAAUGAUAAGGAGAGAGUAGCAGCAGCUUUAGAAAACAAGCAGUUGCUAAAUAUUGUCAACCAGGGGCUCAGAAAUAGUGACAGAGAUUUCGAAUACUUAUUUUAGCUCAUAGCUAAGCACAACUUUCACCUAAAUUUC